AAGAAAAUGCGGACAUCAAUUAAGUGUUAAAUUCUGUGCUAAACAUAAAUAUUACUUUCGUUUCAGGGGUGGAUAUGAAAAACCGUCUGUGAAAGAUACAUUGUUUGUUCAGAUCCUGACAUUCCCAUAUUACGCCUGCACGUACUGUUGGUGGUUAUGCGUUUGGACCUACAGGUUUAAGCUCAAAGGCGAAGAAUAUGGUUUGGAAGACAAGUACUAUUUAAUAGGGAAAAAUCUCGGAAUGUCUGAAAAGCAGUUCAGCGUAAAGCACGAGAAGCAAGAGUUCCUUGACCAAGAGCUGUGGAUUAAAGAUAAGUUUUUGAAAUGGAAGGCCAUCAAGGAUGAAAUGGAUAAGCAGAAGCUGUCCGAAAGCGCACAGUACAAACGUUACAGACGAUACAUGAAGACUCACGGCCAGGACCAAAUAACGUUCGUCGAAUGA